CGCGCCCAGUAGCUGCUUCUCCAACCUCCAGAAAACUCAGAAGAAGGAAAAGACGCUGCAGGUUUUUCGCUUGAGCAGCUGAGUUUAUGCGGCCGAGCUGAUCAUUUCUACAUUAAAUCGUUUCUGACAGAGGUUUAGGUUUGAUCCAGCUCGAAAUAAAAGCUCGUCAUUGUGUGUGUGUUUGAGGAUUUAAAACCCUGAGACCUGCUAUGAGUUCAGCAGGAGACAGACAGCGCUCCUCCAGAGAGUCUCAGGCUCCUGAUCCUGCUCCUGCUCCCUCACAGCUGUGUGAGGACGUGAAAACGGAGACUUCGGGUAGAGGGACAGAGGUCUGUGUGAAGAAGGAGGAGACGCUGGAGCCGAACAUAUACAGCCAUGGAGAAGAUUUCGACAACACGCCUGAAGUUAUCUCCAUUAAAGAGGAAGAAGCUGACAGUGAAGACUACCUCUACUGUGAGGUUUGCAAAUCUUACUUCUUCAACAAGUGUGAGGUUCAUGGUCCGGCACUCUUCAUCCCUGAUACUCCUGUUCCCAUGGGGAUCGCUGACCGAGCCAGACAAACUGUUCCUCCUGGAUUAGAGAUUCGGAAGUCCGGUAUUCCUGACGCAGGCCUGGGAGUGUUUAAUAAGGGGGAGACUGUUCCUGUAGGCGCACACUUCGGACCCUACCAGGGAGAGCUGGUAGACAGAGAGGAAGCCAUGAACAGUGGCUACUCCUGGGUGAUAUACAGAAGUGGGCAGUGUGAAGAAUACAUAGAUGCCAAGAGAGAGAUGCAUGCUAACUGGAUGCGGUAUGUGAAUUGUGCCCGUAAUGAAGAAGAACAGAAUCUCGUGGCCUUUAAUUUUCGAGGGGGGAUUCUGUACCGUUGCUGUCGACCCAUCAACCCAGGACAGGAGCUCUUGGUGUGGUAUGAAGAGGAGUAUGCCAAAGAUCUUGGCCAUACGUUUGACUGCCUCUGGAACAAAAAGUGCUCUGCAAAUGAAGUGAACAAAGCUCCGUUUCAACUUUUCUCCUGCUCAUUGUGUCCACUUUAUUAUAAGUCCCAAAUUUACCUCAACAAACACAUCCAGCGCUACCACUGUGAAGAUGUGAGACAGCAGAAAUCAGGAGAGAGUCAGCUGCCAACAAACAGCUCCAGUAAUCAGCAGACAUCUGGUACCUUUAGUUCCAACACCUCUCAGAAAGAAAUAGAGAAGAAAAUUCAUAUUUGCUCAGAAAGUGGAAACAGUUUUACUCAUCAGAGUGCCCUCAAAACAUAUCAGUGCAGUCAAACAGGAGAGAUGCUGUAUCACUGCUUACAGUGUGGCAAGAGUUUUAAUAAAAAGAGUAAUCUCCGAAAACACCAGCGCAUUCACACAGGAGAGAAGCCGUAUCAUUGCUCACAAUGUGAAAAGAGUUUUAUUCAAAAAAGUGAUCUCCGGCAACACCAGCGCAUUCACACAGGAGAGAAGCCGUAUCACUGCUCACAGUGUGGGAAGAGUUUUACUCAUCAGAGUCAUCUCCAACUACAUCAGCGCAUUCACACAGGGGAGAAGCCGUAUCACUGCUCAGAGUGUGGAAAGCGUUUCAAUCAAAAGAGUAACCUCCAUGUCCAUCAGCGCAUUCACACAGGGGAGAAGCCGUAUCACUGCUUACAGUGUGGAAAGAGUUUUACUCUACAGAGUCACCUCCAUGUCCAUCAGCGCAUUCACACAGGAGAGAAGCCGUAUCACUGCUCACAGUGUGGGAAGAGCUUUACUCAUCAGAGUCAUCUCCAGCGACAUCAGCGCACUCACACAGGAGAGAAGCCGUAUCACUGCUCACAGUGUGGGAAGAGUUUUAAUCAUCAGAGUCAUCUCCAACGACAUCAGCGCACUCACACAGGAGAGAAGCCGUAUCACUGCUCACAGUGUGGGAAGAGUUUCUCUCAACAAAGUACUCUUCAACUACACCAGCGCAUUCACACAGGAGAGAAGCCAUAUCACUGCUUACAGUGUGGAAAGAGGUUUACUUAUUCACUUACAUUUAAGACCCAUAAGUGCACUAACACAGAGCCAUUGCAUUAUUUGAAUUAUGUAUCAAAUUAAAUAUGACUAUCUCUACUUUUUUGACUUAAAAUGAUCUGUGUUAACUGUAUUUUUGCAUUUUAUUUAUCUUGACUUUCUGUGGAAGGCAAAGUAUAUCAUGUUAUUCCAGUGAUUCAUAUUCUUAUUUUAAUGUUUGCUUUUGACUUUAAAUAGCCUUAACAAAAGAUUCAUAAAUUCUGUGUAAACUCUAGAGACUGUUCUGUGGGAAAUUCCCAGGAGAUCAGCAGUUUCUGAAAUACUCAAACCAACCAAUCUGGGACCAACAACCAUGAUGAUGAUGCUCAUGACCUGUAUCUUUAUAAUUUUUUUGCAUUGUGCUGCUACCACAUGAUUGGCUGAGUAGAUAACUGCGUGGAUGUACAGUUGUAGAGAUGUUCUUAAUAAAGUGGAUGGUGAAUGUAGCUUGCUAACCUUGUAAAUGGAUAUAACUGUGUGCCCACUGUGCAACAGUUGAAGUCAAUACUGUGCUGGAUUUACAUUGUAAGAUUACACUAGCUCUACUAACUGUACACUCAACUGUAUGCAUAUAAACAGGGUUUUGCAUAGAAAAUAUCUCAACAUUUAUUGAACAGUGCACUCUUCGCCUGUCUCAAAUGCACAGCAUCUGCAUGUGAUAAUUGGGAGAUAAAAGGGGUAAAACCAUGUAACCAACUCUUGGAGUUGCUUGGAGUUGCAAUGCUGGUUACCUGAGUAGCCUAAUACAAAUCCAUUUUCCACAUUGGUAUAUCUUAUUAUUUUCUCUUUGUAAGUUGUAAAUAUUGUAAAUAAAUGAAGUAUAAAGUUUUGAUUGA